AUGGCCAGGGGUAGGAAUCCCGAGAAGAAGAACGCGGACGGGCGGAGCUGCUCCAUGGCGCUGAGGCAGGGGAGGAAGCGGCCAUCGUCCAUGGCGUCCCGAUGCUCGAGCGAGGAUGGCAUCUUGGAUCUGGGAGGAAGAGACGAUGAACCGAGGAAGUUAGGAAUGGCUAUGAGGAGGAGAUGGAGUAGAUGGAUGCACCUGAGUCGUCGGAACCACGCCGAUCAAAACCGUAGCGAUAGGAGUCGGUCACGGUUGGCGCUGGAGGACGCGCGUGACGGAUCUCGACGGGGAACACCAGCCUCCCCAAGCCCCGCCGGUAGAGAGUGCCUGCUCGAUCCAGAGGGAGGGAGUGGGGGUGGAGGCGGCGGCGGCGGCGCCUGCUCUAUCCAGAGGCAGGGAGGUGGGAAGGAGGGAUUAUUGCUGGAUCUGGCCACGAGAUGA